AGCCGGCCGAGGGGCGGGCGACGGCGCCGGCCAGGCGGGCGCUCGGUGGGUCAGUCGCUGAGCGAGCGGAGGAGGAUGGAGGCGAGGGCCGAGGCGGCGGCGGCGGCGGAGGAAGCGGCGCACGCGGCGGCGCUGCUGCGGGGCCUGUCGGCGCUGCGGGCCGAACGGGCGCUGCUGGACGUGACGCUGGUGGCGGGCAGCGGGGAGUUCGGGGCGCACCGGGCGGUACUGGCGGCGGCCUCUGGCUACUUCCGCGCCAUGUUCGGCGGCGGGCUGCGGGAGGCGCGAGCGGCGCGGGUGCGGCUGCACGGCGUGGAGCCCGAGUGCCUGGCACUGCUGCUGGACUUCGCCUACACGGGCCGGGUGACGCCGCCGGGAGGGCCGGAGCUGGCCGAGCGCCUCCUGCGCGCCGCCGACCUGCUCCAGUUCCCGGCCGUCAAGGAGGCGUGCGGCGCCUGGCUGGCGGCGCGCCUGGAGCCGACGGCCGCCCUGGACCUGCAGGAGUUCGGCGAGGCCUUCGCCUGCGCGCCGCUGGCCGCCGCCGCCCGCCGCUGCGUCCUGCGCCACGCCGCCGAGCCCGAGGGCGAGCUGGCCGCCCAGUUGGAGCGCCUCCCGCUGCCGCGGCUCCUCUCCUACCUACGCGACGACGCGCUGCGCGUCCCCAAGGAGGAGGCGGCCUUCGCCCUGGCCCUGCGCUGGGUGCGCGCCGAGCCGCCCGCCCGCGCCUCACUCCUGCCCCAGCUGCUGGCCCACGUCCGCCUGCCCUUCGUCCGCCGCUUCGCCCUCCUGGCGCACGUGGAGGGCGAGCCGCUGGUGGCGCGCUCCGAGGCCUGCCUGCGCCUGGUGGCCGAGGCGCGCCUCUUCCAGGCCGGCCGCCUGGACCGCCACGACCGCGGGCCCUGCGCCCGCCUCCGCCCGCGCCCCUCCACCGGCCUGGCCGAGAUCCUCGUCCUCCUCGGCGGCUGCGACCGCGACUGCGACGAGCUCGUCACCGUCGACUGCUUCAACCCGCGCACCGGGCACUGGCGGUACCUGGCCGAGUUCCCCGAGCACCUCGGCGGCGGCUACAGCGCCGUCGCUCUCGGCAACGACGUCUAUGUCACCGGAGGCUCCGACGGCUCGCGGCUCUACGACUGUGUGUGGCGCUACAACUCCAGUGUGAAUGAGUGGACGGAGGUGUCUCCCAUGCCGAAAGCGCGCGAGUACCACAGCUCGGCCGUCUUGGACGGCCUCCUCUACGUGAUUGCCUCUGACAGCACCGAGCGCUACGACCACACGCUGGAUUCCUGGGAGCCGCUGCAGCCCAUGCUCUUCCCCAUGGACAACUGUUCCACCACGGCCUGCCGCGGCAAGCUCUAUGCAACAGGCUCCUUGGCCGGCAAGGAGUCGAUGGUUAUGCAGUGUUACGAUCCGGCAUCGGACCUGUGGGCUCUGGUGAACUGUGGACAGUUGCCCCCCUGGUCGUUUGCACCCAAGACGGUCACUCUCAGCGGGCUGAUGUAUUUUGUAAGAGAUGACUCUGCUGAAGUGGAUGUAUACAAUCCAGCGAAGAAUGAAUGGGACAAAAUUCCUCCAAUGCUCCAGGUGCACGUUGGGGGAAGCUUGGCUGUACUUGGUGGGAAGCUUUAUGUCUCCGGCGGUUACGACAACACCUUUGAACUUUCAGGGAUGCUGGAAUGCUACAAUCCGGAAACACGAACGUGGACCGUAGCCGGCCAGCUGCCGGAGCCAAUUUUCUGGCACAGCAGCGUCAGCAUUUUCCGCCAGUUUAUGCCUGAGUCGUUGGAAGAGGAGGAGGAGUUUCCCCUGGAUAACGCCAUCACCCUGAACCGGCAGCGCCAGAAUCUCCGCCAUCAGAAUCUGAAUGAGUUGCGCUAACGGUCGGACGGCUUGUCUCUUGACGGUUUGGAGUCAAUCUGUUGCUGGGAAGCGGCCUCCCUUCCUGGGGAGGCAGGAGGCAAGCCGGGAGAUCUGAAGACUGACGAACACGGCAGGUCAGCCGCGAGGACCGUGCGGGUGGAGGAGAGGGCUCUCUAGCCAGGAGAGGGCUCCUUUGAAAUCAGCCAGGAGUGAGCAUUUCAGGGGAUUCCUGAAAAGAGAACUGGGGGAGAUAAGAGAGAACUGCUGAAGGACUGGAGGCCAGCUCUGCUAGCAUUUGUUUCUGGCGGGUUCCCGAUGAGUUUGAAACUUUUCCUUUGUGAUGAUAGGCUACAUGAUACAGGGCUCUUUAGCCUGGAGAAUAGUUGAGCAAGUGGGGAUGUGAUAGCGGUUUAUGUAAAGCUUUAUAUGGUGUGGCGAACAUGGAUAGAGCAAAGGUUUACUUCUGCACGCUCUCUCUCUCUGUCUCUCUCUCCCCCCCCUAGAAUUUGGGGUCACCCAAUGAAACUGAAAGACAGUGGAUUCAGAAGAGACCUCAUCACACCAUGCAGAAUUAACAUAGAGUACUCUUUACCUCAAGAUGCAGUGGCCCCCUAACUUUCAAAAGGGGCUGCAUGUUUCUGGAGGAGAAAUCCAGUAGCCACUAUUAUUCAGCCACUGUGUCCCGGCGACACACUGAGUACUAGUUGCUAGGGUUGCCAUUGUGCUUGCCAGAAACCUCUGGCUGAUCGCUGUUGGAAACAUGGUACUGGGUUAAAUAGACCCUUCACUUGACCCAGCAGGGCUCUUCUGAGGUGUGUAUGAGCCCUACAGCGAAACAGUGCGUUGUGCCUGCUACCAAAUCUUCUAUUCCCAGAGAAAGGCAGAACCUCACAGACUGUUAGGCCACCUAGGCAGUGUGGCACAUAAGGCCCUCUCUGUCCACAGAAAGCUGGGAAGGACGUCAGUCCUCCUAGUCCACCAUUUGGCUGGCAAAACUGGAGCUCUGAGAGCUGCUCUCCUAGUACGUUUUGAGCUCCUCGCUGUCAGUCCCUUAUCACAGUUCAGCUUGAAACGAGGCUUAGUUCGCAUCAAGGCUCAGUACUCCCAGAUGUUGGGAUGAUGUGAAAACUGUAGCUUGCCCUUGCUGUUCGGUGGUAGUGGCUGCUGUGGCUGUGCUAGUCAUGGCAAUUUCUGGAGCGCAGAGUGGCUGCAGGUAAAUUGUCCUCUUGCAGGAUUCGGUCCCGCUCACCGUAAUCUGUAGCAGAAGGGGGGGUGGUCCUCUGCAAGGCCUGCUGGACGGAAGUGAGCCUGUGUCGCAUCAUUACUGUGGGGAGGGAGUGUUGUGUCUGCUCACGUGAUGCUGCUUCAGCUUCUGAUUUCCUGCCAUUUCCCUCAUAUUGGCAGGCACCGGGAACCUUUGGCCCUCCAGAAUUUGCCAAGCUACAACUCCCAUCAUACCUGGUCACGCUUGCUUGGGCUGAUGGGAGUUGCUGUCCAGCAAUGUCUGGAGGGCCAAAGGUUCCCACAACUGCCAUAAGGGGUCCAGGUCUCCCCUUUUUAGAUGAAGGUAAACUGUAUAGCACAAUGGGGAGGAGAGCCUGGCUGGGAGUCCAGAGUCUGUGAGUUCAAAUCCCUGCUCGGGUCUCCUGGGUGUCAAGGGCCAGCUAAAGAUCACCCCACAGCGAGUGGCUCAGGGGUUACGUGCCCUGCCACCUGUGCAGCCGUGGGCAAGCUGCAGAGUCCCAAGGAGCCCAGUUGCCCCCCAGCUGGCAGUUGUGGACAAGGAAGGGGCUGGCUUGUGCAGCUGUGGCAAGCUGAGCAGGCCCUGGCCAGCUGGGAGGACUAGCCUCAGGGGGAGGCGAUGGGAACCCCCCUUUGAAUACCGCUUACCAUGAAAUCCCUGUUCAUAGAGUAGCCAUAAGUCGGGAUUUUUUGUUCUCUCUCCAAACUCUGUCAAGGAGUCUUGCAUCCCCCACUUUCCAUAAUUAACACUGAAAUCCACCCCCACCCCCUUCAAGGAAGGGGCACACAACACCCGGCUCAUUUACAACUCUGCUGGCUGUUUACAGAUAUUGAGCUAAUUCUGGUGCUGCUUACAACAUCUUGUGUUAGUAUCACUUAUUGAGCAAGGUUAAGUAUUUUAUGCUGGGCUGUUUAAAGUCUAUUAAUAGAUAACAUGAUACUUUGUAAUACUCAACAGCCAGAUCUGGGCUGUCUUGGAAGUUCUAGAACCAGGUGAAUACCUUAAUCAUAUUUAUUUAACUUUAAUGUAGAUGAUUGUGUUUAACCUUACAUACUGUAUGAUGGCACUCUUUGAAGCAAAGAUAUUUCUUAUAUUUUGUAUUGUUUUUCCUUGUAAACUUGAAAGUUGAAUGUUUUAAGUAAAGGUGUGCAUUAAGAAGACUUUUCUUCUAUCAAACGGAA